AUGCAGCCCACUAACGAAAGCAUCGUGACCACAUUCAUCAUUCUGGGACUCUCCAGUAAACCCCAACUCCAGGUCCCACUCUUCAUCCUAUUCCUCUCCAUCUACAUCAUUGCCCUGCUGGGCAACUUAGUCAUCAUUGCUGCCAUCCUUUCCAGUUCCAAGCUCCACAGGCCCAUGUACUUUUUUCUCCUCCACUUGGCUGUGGUGGACAUCAUCUGCACCUCCACCAUCAUCCCCAGGAUGCUGGGGAAUCUAGUGGUUGUCAGUAAAUCUAUCUCUUACCCUGGGUGCAUGGCUCAGCUCUACUUCUUCACAUGGUCUCUGGGGGCUGAGAUGGUGCUCUUCACCAUCAUGGCUUACGAUCGCUAUGUGGCCAUUUGCCACCCUUUGCAUUACAGCAUCAUGAUGAACAAGACCGUAUGUGUGGGCCUGUCUGCCCUAGUGAUAGUCAUUGCUGUGGUCAACUCGUGGGUGCACACUGGCCUUGUGUUGCGGCUGAGCUUCUUCAGGACCAACGUUAUCAACCACUUUUUCUGUGAAAUCCCAUCACUGCUGGCUCUCUCCUGCACCUCAGUGCAUUUAAACGAGGUCAUGGUCUUAAUGGCAGACAUUUUUCUAGCUAUGGGAGACUUCCUGUUGACAUGUGUCUCUUAUUACUUCAUUGUCAGGGCCAUCUUGAGGAUCAAAACGGCUGAAGGGAAGAGAAAAGCCUUCUCCACCUGCUCCUCCCACCUCAUUAUGGUGUCUCUUUAUUACUCCACUGUCAUCUACACCUACAUUCGGCCUGCCUCCAGCUACUCCUUUGACAGGGACAAGAUGAUAGCCACCUUGUACACCCUGGUGACGCCAACUCUCAAUCCUAUAGUCUAUACCCUAAGGAAUAAAGAUGUCAAGAUGGCAAUCAAGAAAAUGCUUCCAUACCCUGGGAAAUAGAUCAUGAUGGGACAAACCUAGACUGGUUCCUUCGCAAGCCUGGAGCUCUGGUGUUUGCUUUCCUGUGGAAAUGGAACUCAGAACGAACCUUAGAAAAAGAUUCAAGAUGCAUGUGUUCAUGAAGGACUUUCUAACUGGUCAAAUGUUGAUUUCCUUAAUGGCUGAAAGUUUUGGAACCUGUUGAAACUAUGUUACAGAAGAAGAAAGAAGAAGAAAGAAAGAAAGAAAGAAAGAAAGAAAGAAAGAAAGAAAGA